AGAUAGAGGCUGCUGAGAUGGUGCAUGGGAUUGAGGAUGGCGGUGACAGAGGCGGUAGAAGGAUUGAGGGUAGUCGUGGUAGAUGUGGUUUCAGGACGGGGGACAGAAAUAGUAGUCGUUCGUUUUUCAGUGAUGGCGUAGGAAGUAGCAAACCACCCUGUGCUUUGUGUAUGGGAAACCAUGGAGUGUGGGCAUCUCGAUGGACGGUUGCAAAAGAAAAACAUCUGUGUUUUCGGUGUUUGGCCAGUAACCAUACGGGAAAGUUGUGCACGCGGUCAAAGGUGUGUAAUAUUGAUGGGUGUAAAAGAAACCAUCAUACGCUAUUACACGAUACACUACCGAAACCGCAAGACGGCCAAGACAGAACCAAUGUUGAACCACGGGAGGGGGAGCAUCAACGUACCCUUACAUCGGUAAACGAAGGCGAAAGAAUGGAGACAUUGUCACUGCGAACAGUUCCCGUUUGGUUAAAGGCUAAUAAGCGGAAGAUAAAGAUCAACGCGAUUUUGGAUGAUGCCUCAAACGAAACCUUUUUAAAUGAGGAAGUUGCGGGAGCACUCGGGUUAUCUGAACCAUUUGAGACUGUGAAGGUACAUGUUCUGAACAACGAAGUGGAGACUUUUCAGUCAAUGCCAGUGAAACUAACAAUUGAGAGUGUUGAUGGUCAAUUCAGCAAAGAAAUACAAGUAAAAACUUGUCCAAAGAAGGUGACCGGAACGCAUAAAGUAGAGGACUGGGGUAAAAGCAAAGGGAACUGCCCUCAUCUAAGGGAGUGUGAAUUUGCCAAACCUGCAAAAGAUGGGCUGGUAGACUUACUAAUCGGUGUUGACAAUACGGAACUGCAUUAUUCCAGAGCAGAUGUCCGGGGCAGUGUUGGAGGUCCAGUUGCUCGACUAGGUCCACUCGGGUGGACUUGCAUAGGGGCGCCAGAAGAUCGCAAAGUUGCUGGACCUAGGACUCAUGUUAUACGAACCCACCUAUUGGCUAAUCCAGUCAAGAUUGACAAUGAAAGUGUUUGCUGUGAUGUUGACCAGUCUAUUAAACGGUUUUGGGAAAUCGAGAGUUGUGGCACUGAAGCUUGUGAGACUAAGAUUUACACUGAAGAAGAAAAUGUAGCCCUAACGCUGGUCAAGGAAUAGUUGAGCUAUGA